AUGUCUUCCCGAUCGUCGUCUACUUCGGAGUGUUCCAUCCAUGACGAAGAUACACGAUUUUUCUGCUUCACGUGCAACAGACGAAUCUGUGAUGAAUGCAUCGGUGGUGAUUGUAGAAAUCACAACUUCGGCAAGGCUAGAAACCUCAUAGAAGAGAGAAGAACAUCGACGUCACUGAAACUAAAGCAGUUCCAGAAAGACUCUUAUCCAAUAUUCGCAAAAGAUAUAGAAAAGAUGGCGGCUGAAAGCGAACUGAUACAGGAAGAAAUAGAUAAUGUGAAGAAACGUGUCGAGCAUCUCAAAGAGACAGUAGACAAGAUAGCCAGCGAAAUAGUACAGGAAUUAAACUGUUCAAAACAAGAAAUUGAUAACGUUCUACAAAGUGAGAAAGAAGCUGUGAAAGAAAUUGAAGCAUUUGUUGACAAGUCUUUGUCGUCUGUUUCUUCACUAGAGGAAACGGAAAUAGAUUGUAUUGAGAAGCGAUUACAGGAAUUGCAAUCACGGCAAACAAAGUCACGAGAACAAGCCGGAAUACCAAAAUUUGUUCCGUCACCUUCGAAAGACAUCUUCACUGCAUUAAAACCACUGUUUGGAGAAAUAAAUUAUGAAAUAUACGAGAAAAUCGAGGAGCCUGUUCAACCUGACGACGAGGGAGAGUAUUUAGUUCCUGUUUCCCCUGCUCCCGAAAUUCCUCCCAAAACAAUCGUCACGUCAAUAUCUUCUUUAUCACUGAAAUUCAGUCCAGAAUUUUUGGCUGUAGCAAAUGAAUGUCUUUUCAUGGCAUCAGGAAUGGAAAUCUACGAAGUCAAAAGUAAUGAUAAAAUUGCUCAGAUAAAAGCUGAUAUCAGUUUUGAGAUAAACGGAUUCAUUGUUAAGUCUUCAAAAGAAAUACUUAUUUCUUCUAUGCAGAAAACUGGAAUAUUUAAACUGCAACAGAAACAGAGACUUCCUCUAAUUCCAAAAGAUAGACAUCUAACCUCUUUUUUAUUUGUCGAUCCAUUUCCGUAUCAACCGACGUGUAUGAGUUUAUGUCAAUCUGAAAAAGAAAUUCUGGUAGCUUUGCAGUCAAACGCUCAACAAGCUGUGUCCGUACAUCUUCAGAAAUAUCCCCUAUAUGAGGAUAAAGAGUUCAAAUUUGAAAACAUUCCCAUCUCUACUAACUUGAGCUUUACCAAAAUCACAGGAGUUUUGGAGUCUGCUAGAGGAUAUUUUUGCCUUAUAAAUGAAACUACUGUAUGCACAUCUCACGUUGUUUGUGUGGAUAGUACUGGAGAGCCUCGUUUUCGCUAUCCCGCAGACGAUAAGCUCAAGAGAUAUUUCGUGGGUAUAUGCAUGUUAAAAAGUGGAAUUAUUGUUCUUGCAGACUCCUGUGUUAUGUCUGGUAUUCAUCUAAUAGACGAAGAUGGCAAAUUGAUAUUGAUGAAAAGGAUGAACUCAAAACCAACUUGCUUGGCAACAGAUGGGAGGUUUAUCUGGAUAGGAUGUAAUAAUAACAAAGUGGAAAAGUUAUCCGUGUCAUCUCUAAAUGCUCAUUCAAAUCUUACAUAG